AAAUAAGUGUUUUCGAUCGUAACCAACGAUCAGAUAUACUUGACGGUCUUCGAAAGAACAAGUAACUCAAGUGGUAUUUCGUAACUCAAGUGGUGUUUCCUAACUCAAGUGGUAUACUUUUGUACGAUAGUUUCAACUAAUAACUCUUUUAGUCCUUUCCAUUGGAAAGCUGCUGAGAAUGCUUUCGUCUGUAUUAUACUUCAUAUUACUUAAUUCUCGAUAUACGUUGAUCGAAUCCACUUGUAAUUAUCAGAUAUUGUCACAAGUUUUAAAUUUUACAGAAGAUUAUAUAAAGAACGCAAUUAACACUGUUCAGCAAGAAAAAUAUUUUAAACCCGGUCCUACAGAUUGUGCAGAAAUUUUUAAGAAUGGUCAUACUAAAUCUGGAAUUUAUAGAAUUUGGCCUGCUAACUGGCAAGUUGUAGGGAGUUUCAGAGUUUAUUGUGAUAUGUCUACUGAAGGAGGAGGAUGGACUGUUAUUCAGAGACGAGGAAAAUUUGGUAAUCCAAAAAAUUAUUUUUAUAAAACCUGGAACGAUUAUAAAGUUGGAUUUGGAAAUCUCGAAAAGGAGUUUUGGUUAGGUAAGAAUUAUUUAUUAGCUAUGAGCUGUACUAUAAAUUUGGCUUCUUUUUCCCCAGGAGACUCACUUUCUUAUCAUAACGAAAUGAAGUUUUCCGCAAGGGACAACGAUAAUGAUUUUGCAUACGAAGACUGCGCAAAUUUGCGUAAAGGAGGUUGGUGGUAUAAUUCCUGCACCGAAUCUAAUCUUAACGGCCUCAAUUUAUUUGGUUUUCAUACAAGUUAUGCAGACGGCAUUAAUUGGUAUAAAUGGAGGGGUUCAAAUUAUUCUCUAUUCCAAGUCGAAAUGAAAAUUCGUCCCGUUGUUUAAUCAAUAUUAAAAAUGUAGGGUGCUUCAAUAAUGCUAGCACGCGAAGAAGGUGCGCAGUCAUUGCUGCAGUAGUAGUAGUAGGGCAUUAUAGCUUCGACCAAGUCCAUAAUAGGGCUGCCAGAUGAUGAUGGAUGGAGCCCGACAUAUAUGGAUGUACAACUCCCGAAAAAUUCCUGGGAUUUUUUUUCGACCUGACCUGAUGACUUCUUGUACAUGGUGAAGAACUGUGCAGAGGGCAAUCUGUCACUUCACACCUGGCAUUAAAAGUUACUUCUGUACUAAUGUUAUUUAAGCACCCUGUAUAAAUUUUUGUUUAUUUACAUUUAUUUAGCUACUAUAUUAAUUGUAAUUUCAUUUAUACGGUUAUAAAUGAUAUUCAAAGAGGAAAAAAUGUAAACAUAUAUUUUUGUAAUUAUUAAUAAAGAAAAAUGAUAUAUUAAGCACGCUAGUAUUAUUAUAGAGCCUACAAAUAAAUUAACGUGAAUCCGUAUGCGAUGGCAGAGAAAAUUAAAUUCAUUUUUAUUAACGAAAUCAGCUUUACUUUUACUAAUAAUAGUUUGUCUAAACAGAGAA